AUGUGUUGCUGCUGCACCCGACAGCAGCAGCAGCAGCAGCAGCAGCAGAACCAAGACGAGGAGUCGCAGCAGCAUCCCGAUCAGCAGCAGCAGCAGCAGCAGGACCACCACCACCCCCAGCAGCAGCAACAGCAGCAGCAGCAGCAGCAGCAGCAGGAGGAAGAAGAAGAGAGCGGGGUGCAUGCGGAUGGGGGGGAGUUGCUGCCGCUUAGCUGCGGCGCGCAGCCGCUGGUUGCUGCUUCAGGUGCAGCAGCAGCAGCAGCAGCAACAGCAGCAGCAGCAGCAGCAGCAGCACCGUCUCCUUGGUUGGGGACGCGGCUGCGUUGCUGCAACGUGCUUAUUGCUUCUUAUCCUGUUGCAGCAGCAGCAGCAGCAGCAACAGCAGCAACAGCAGCAGCAGCAGCAGCAGCAGCUGGCAAACCGCAGCAGCAACUCCGGGUGCUGUUGCUGUUGCUGUUGCUGCUGCUGAUGGUGAUGGUGAUGAUUGUGUUAGAUUUUUUUUUUUAG